UGAGGAAGCCAAAACAAAGUGUUGCCCUAUGUCAUGCGUUUGCCGCAGUUUUUAUACACGAUUCAUGGAAAAUUGAGGAGCAUGCUGGACAAGAGCAAUCCGAGCAGCUUAAGUGCCACGGGCACCAUACAGGAGAUAGCCGGACGCCUGGCCGAGGAGCAGGAGCGUCUGCGUCAGCUGGAGGCUAGCACCACGGCGCCCAAGGAGCGCACCCUGUUCGUGCUGGGCAGCAAGUGUGUGGGCAAGUCGAUGGCUAUAAAUAGGUUCUUCGACCGGGACGAGCAGACGACACGUCCAACAAUGGCGCUGGAGUACAGCUAUGGUCGUCGCAUGGGCAGCGGCCGGCAUGCGCAGGUGUUAAACGUCUGGGAGCUGGGCUCCCUGGACAAUGCGGAGCAGCUGCUGGAGGUGCCGAUGCGCACGCAUGGACUGCAACAGAUGUCAGCCUUCAUCAUGAUCGAUCUGUCCCAGCCGCAGCGCGUCUGGGCGGAUCUGGAGUGCGCGUAUCGAGGAUUGAGGGACACGGCUAGCCGGAUGCUGCAGCAGGCGACCCCACAGCUGCGUGAGUAUCUGGAGCGGCGCUCCUUGGAGCGCGUGAAACAUGCUCAGCAGGAUCUCAACACGCUGGAGCUGCUGCCCUUUCCCGUUGUCCUUGUGGGCGGAAAGUACGAUAUCUUCAUGGACUUCGAGCCGGCCCUGAAGAAGCACAUGUGUCGCUGCCUGCGCUCCAUGGCGCACCUGAUCGGUGGCGCCGUCUUGUUCUAUUCACAUAAGCUGCCCAAGCUAUCCAAGGUGCUCAGGGAUACUAUUAGUCAUCUGGGCUUUGGCAGUCCCAUCAAUCCGUUUCGCGGACAUGUUACGGACUACAAUGAAGCGCUCUCCAUUUGGUUUGGCACCGAUAGCUGGGCUCAGAUUGGCAUUGGGGAGAUCGCCGGACGCUGUAGUGUGGAGCGCAUUGGCGCCACCCUCAGCGUUGAAGUGCCACAGCUGCAGCUGGAGAAACAAAAACAGCAACUGCCUCAAGAUCCAGCCAAGGAUGCGGGCUUCAAGGAAUCCAUCAUUGACGAUAUGCGCGCCCAGAAGGACGAGGAACUAGCUGCCAUUCUGCGAGAUGUUAACUUACGGGGAAAGUUUGAAAGUGUGAUUAGCUAAUU